AUGGAUUAUGUGCAUAUGUUAGCGAGACCUGCUAGUCGUACAGGCUUUAUUUCGUAUCCACCUUUUAUGAAACACCGUUUAUGUUUAGUAUUCAGUACAUCCAUAUCAAAGUUGCUGUUCCUAGCCUUAUCAUCUGAGUGUCGAACGACGGGAGCGUAUGCUAGCCGGGCCUGCUUCCAACAAUCCCCAAAAUGGAACUGUCAACGGAUUUUAACAUUCUGCCGUUUGAUGUUCAUGCGUAAUUAUCGGUCGCUGAGCAUUCCUUUCGCUGAGAAGAAGCACAACUAUGUUAAAAUUGAGAUAUUUGAGAGAUCGCAGUCCUACAAGGAAAAAGUGGGCAAGAGAAGAACAUUCGUCUUGAUUCAAUUCGUAAUUUCUCAUAUCGAAUAUCAAGCUUAUAUCAGAAUUGGUGUGGUGCUUGCGACUUACUAUGUUCAACAGACUAGCUUUGACUUGGAGCGAUACUACUGCUAACCCUGCCCAAAGCCCUGGCCAUACCGACAAAAAAUCCUCGCGAUGUGAUAUGUGCAAUGCGACAACUAUCAUACGCCCCAUGCAUGCCGACAACGUACAUAUGGUCGUGCUAGCUCUCUGGUGCGACAGGUCGCUGACCGUUCUUCCUAG